CUCGUGGCGUGCCGCUAUUCGCCAAUUAUCUAGGCAGACAUUGCUGGGCCCGACUGGAAGUGCUUUAUCACGCUGCAGCUUGUAGAUUGCAGGUGCACAGCCGCUUUCUCAUUCUAAAUGCCUGAGACCUUGACAAAAAACCAUAUCACGAAGUCGACCAACGAUAUAGUAGUCUUUGCUGCCAAUCCUCCAAAGCUAUCUUCCAGUGUGAGGACCUCGGGCCAAGAUCACGGGACUCGCAAGAGCAGACCUGGUGGUCGUCAAGUACUCCGAGGUUAUCUAUGAUUCGCAGCUGGGUCUACCGAGGUAGUGGUUUUGCGCUAUGCAAUCAAGUAGGAAUACAUUGAGCGCUUGGUAUACGUCCGGCAGCGAUACCGGUCACUAUGCAUCCGCCCUCGAAGCAUGCCGAAAAUCGAGGCUGCGAUUGACAAACUUUGAAAUGACUGCCGAGGAGGAAGCUAUUGUGCUCAGACCACCGACUGAUGGCAAUGAGGUCAAGGUCAGAAUCGAGUUCGUCCUAAUGGACCUUCAGAAGCGCGAGAAGAGGCCCGCAUGGUUAGAGAAGACCCGUAAUUUCUUCCAGGGCUUUUGCAAGGUUAUCGACAAGACCUCGGCACUGGUUCAACCGAUGUUGCCACAGAGUGCAGAGUACACUGUCACCUUUGGACUACUCGUUCUCCUGUUUCGGGCUGUUGUAACCAAAAGUGACAGAGAGGAGGCGUUGAUGGAGCACCUAGACAAACUGUCUGCGAAACUACCAGUCAUUGACUUUUACAACACCACGUUUCCUACUGCUCAGAUGAAGUUCACGAUUUCCAAAGUCUACGCCGAAGUAAUGGGAUUCUUCGAUAAUGCCCUGACGUACUACCACGGCGGGCGUCUAGCAAAACUCGCCGACGCACUCUUCCGCACGAAGCCCAAGUUUGAAGAGUCUAUUACCACAAUCGAGAAGGAGGUUAACAAAAUGCUUGACCUAAAGAAUGUGGCACAUGAAGCACAGACAGCAGACAUCCAAGUGAUAGUGACUAAGAUGGAACAAGAUAUUGUUACGCUACUGCAAGACGGAGCCCAGAAGUCACAGGCCGACGACAUCCAAAAGAUCCUAAACAGCACUGGAAAAGACUUGUUACGACUGCAGGAUAGUAUGCAAUACAUUGGCACUGCUGCCAGUUUCGGCUUGGAGACACUACAUCAGCGUAUGAUUAAGUUUGAUUCGACGAUGACUCAGAUGCAGAUGCACAGUAUGAUCACACAUGCGCAAGGUUUGCAGGAUGUCGUUAUAGCAUCGGACCCAGACUCGUACUGGGACGCCGACGAGGCGCUUGCCAGGCUCUCAGCGCGCGGCUUCCGUCUUUCAGAAAAGGACCGCUGGGAGAACAAUGGCAUUCUUGACCACCUGCUGGAAUGGUCCAAGGCUUCUGGCCCGAUAUUGUGGAUCGGUGGCUCCUGUGGUAACCAAGAAACCUGGGUCACCGAGUUAUCUCUCGACAUUGCCCACGUCCUUCUGUCCCAUAGGAUCAACGUUGUCUACAUCUUCUGUUCAGACUUCAUGGGAUGUUCCCAAACACUGACGCCAAAGCGACUGGUGCAAAUACUGAUUUGUCAGCUUCUCGAUAUGCAUCCAGAGAUUGCAUAUGGGAACCCUUCGUAUUUCAGCUUGACACGACUCAGAAACACGAAGACGUUCUCUGGGAUGUGGCAUAUAUUUGAGCGGUUAGUCAUGAGUCUCGGCGAAGUAUUCAUCUUGAUCGACAGAGUGGAAGCAUGCGCCGUGGACGAUGACGCUGACUUGAGGAACGACUUGAUCCCGUCCAUCAUGAAGCUGGCAGGGAAGUCUCGAGGUGUGAGGGGCAUAAUCACCAGUGAGUAUGAAGCACCCGAGCAGACGCUGAUGGAACAGGUCUAUAUCGAUACAGGGCGUCGCCCAGGCAUUGCCAAAGCAUAGCUGGAUAAUACAACUUGAUCAUUGGAAUGCAUCAAAUCAAAUUAUGAAUCCCCGUGAGAAUGUAAUUGAGAGACAUUAUGCGCUAGAGCCUCUUGCUGUUGGGUCACAAACAUGAGAGAAUAGGGUUACUGAAGUAUGAGCUGGCAAGUUCAACCUCAGUUUACGUUGAUAUUCUUUGAUGGUUUGCAGAGGCUCAUUACAGAAACGCUAAACUGAUCUCAGCCGAUCAAGACGCCUGGUGGCUGGAGUUUCUGCAUGAGCUAGUGCACGACAAGCUAGGCAGUUGGCACCUUUUUCAAGACCCGCGCGCACGUGAGAUGGGGAGACUGGGUACGGAAUUGAUACUACAGACAGGCCCUGGAGAGCAGCCUUUGGCCUGAGGGCAAGUUUAC